GAAAUCCGUAAAAAGGCUGAAAUGUUAGAAAAAUUAAAGAAACAAAAAGUGAUAAACUCUUCACGUGAGUUAAAGGAUUUAGAAAAGGAUCAUGAAAGGGAGCGUGAAUUACAAAUAGAACGUAAGCGUAUUGAGAGAGAAAAGACUCUAGCUAGGGAACAAAAAGAACGUGAACGCUUAAAAGCAGAACGUGAAAAACAGAAAGUAGAAGAUGAAAGAAAGAAAGAAAGAGAUCGGGAACGAGCUCUAAGAGAUCGAGAAAGAGCUGCUGAGCGUGCUGAGAGAGAAAAGGAAAAAGCUUUUGAGAAAAAAGAGAAAGAUAAAGAAAAGUUAGAAAUACAGAAACAAAGAGAAAGAGAAAGAAUAGAAAGAGAAAAGGAAAGAGAACGAGAAAGAGCAAAGGCUGCAAAAGCAAGAACUGUAGCUCAAGCUAAAUUAAAGUCUUCACCAGUCAAAUCAAAACCUCCACCUAAGUCCAAUAUGAAAGCUAUCAAAUCUGGUCCAAAUCAAGGUGUUCAAGUUAUCUCUAGUGCUAAAUUAAAAGAAACUAGUCAGAAACCUGAAAUCAGAAAGCCAGCAUACAUUGAAUCUACACGUCGAGCUUCAUCUGUAUCAUCAGCGAGUGAAUCUGAUGCUGAUACACCUUUAAAACGGGGGAGAAAAACAGAGGAUUCGGAAAUUGAUGUUCCUGCAAAAAAAAUAAAAUCCAGUUCUACUGAUAGUGAUUCUGAUUUUGUUAAAGAUAGGCUUGAGAAUAAUGAAGCUGAUGCUACUAGUGAUAGUAAGGAAGAAAAUAUGGAAGUAGAUAAAAAUGGAGUCACAUUAAAUGAUGCUGAUAGCAAUGAUGAAGUGGGAACAAGAGUUGGAGCUCUGGUCAAUGGCAAAUGGUAUAUGGGAUGUGUAGUAAAGGUGGCAGCAGAUGGUAAAUGGAAAGUGAAAUUUGACAAUCAUCCUAAAGACAAAUAUGAUAAAUGGUUUGAUAAAAAGAGUAAGGAAAUAAGAAUAGCCAAAAAUGGUCAAAAAUUAAUAGAAUCUUCAAAUGAACCACCACCUUCUCCAGUAGGAGAGGAGGAGAAAGCAGAGGCCACGACUGAUACAGAGGCCCCUACUUCAUCUACCGCCACACCAUCCUCAUCUCAGAAUUCUCAAAUAAAUGAAGAAAUAGCCAAUGGUUAUAGAACAUGUUUACGAUAUUUCCUACCUCCACAAUGGAUUAUGGAUAAAGAUGCUAUUUCUGCCAUGGCUGAUCAAGAACUAUCUGUCUUUCCAUUAGAUGAUUUCUUUGAUCAUUAUGAGCGUGGUCUACGAAGGUUGGUGAGUAAUUUUCAAACAGAGGCUGCAGCCAGAAAACAGGAAGCUGAUGAAUCUAAAAAUAAACUAUCAUCCUUACGUAAACUGAUUGCCAAACUUCUUAAAUCUAUUAAUGAGGAAUUUGAUAUAGAUCCAGAAGCUGAUGGUGAACAAGUAGAUGAGUUAUUAGCUGUUUGUGUACGUCAAGCUACACAAUCAAAUCCUAGUUAAUCGAUCACAAAAUAGAUAUAACCAGGACCAUUCUAAAUGAAAUCAAGGUUUGGAAUAGUGUACUAUUCAAUUACCACCCCUCCACCACUUUGAACCUCAACUUCUCUUCUGCAACAAUUUUACGCCAAUAGUUCAAAUGAGGUGUGGUUGCCAGUUGUACUGUUUUUGUACUACAUUGAGGCACCAGCUGAUUUGGACAUCAGCUUCAAAAUAGCAGUGGUAAUCUUACAUGAACCCCUUUUACAUUACAAAAUUUAUCCGUUCUGAGAACGGAACAGAUGAAUUUUGUGUAAUGUGAACGGUCGAGUGUUCUGAGAACCGUUCCAAUUCUGUCUGCCUCGCUGAGGUGGUCUUGGAACUGUUCUUAGAACGGACGCAAUGAAUUAGUUUAAUGCAUGCCCCACAAUAGACCUUCACCUUUUUCCCGCGUUAUUUCGUCAUCAUUCUGUGAAAUUGUGGCUUACAUCCAGAUUAUAUCAAGGUGACUACAGGGUUAAUUUUAACUUCUUCAAGAAGAGUUUCACAGAUAACCGUGCCGAGAACGCUUUUCAUUUACACUUCAACUAAAGAACAGUUAUCAGACUACUUGAGUUUACUGUCAUGUAAAUAGGCAUAUUUUAUUGUGGCCUGAUCUAGACCGAGAACAAAACACUUAGCUAUUAACUUUUUU